GGCAAAAACUCCAAAGUAACUGCAAUCCCUGCAAUAAUCUUUACCUUCUGAGAUUGUUAAGCGACGUCAAGAGAUAUCAAUCCAGACGCAGGUUCGAAUUGCUGCACGAGACCUGCAUCAUAAUUCUCAGAUUCCUGCAACGUGUCAGAUAUAUUGUAUUUUUCAACCUCGAGCUCGAAAUCUCGCACCCGUCCCAAGCCCUAAUAUUGUUUUACUCGUCCAGGGACGGCCCUUUACCGUGAUCAUACCUUGGGAAUUUCAGACUUUCGGGUCGAUUUAUAUACUCAAAAUUACUACCUAGAGUAACCUACAUCAAAUAGAAUUGUCGAAUCAGUAUGUCUACCCAAGCAUCACAAAGUCUUGAUCAACGCGCUACCCAGAUACCUGCCUCAUUUUCGAGACUUCCUCUUGAAAUCCGAAUGAUGAUCUUCGAUUACGCUUUACCAGGUCCUCGGAUUAUCACCAUCGAUGUCAAAUUUAGUCAGAUGGAAGCUUCUGAAGUCGGGGAGGACCUUAUUCUGGAACUAGAUUUAUACCAGGAAGCCUGGGAGAAAAAGCGGGAGGACAAGCAUUUUAGAGAAAAGCUAGGACUUCAUCACCCGAGAGAUCACCACAUGAUCUUGGAAGUUGAAAGGGCAGUUGCUAUUCAGACCAUUCCAGAAUUGUUGCAUACUUGUGCAUUAUCAAGAGAAGUAGCUUUGAGACGUUAUCAAUUCUUGAGCCGAGGCGAAAAAUUGUCAAUUUGCAUCGAUCUCGACUUUGACACUCUUCAAUUUCAAAGCGAUCGUGCGUGGAAAUUCUUCACACAGAAGCCAGGAGAAUUAAUUGGUAGAUACACCAGGACCAUAAUGAUCGCCUUCAAUAGCCAGUGGAGAUGUGAAGAUGGAUAUCGAUACAGUUUGAACUACAAUCGGUUUUUGAACGAAAUCUUUGAAACAAAAUACAACAGAGAAAGAGAUCACAUUAACGUAGACACCGCUUUUAUCGGAGAGAUGGCCCAGAAAUUGAGGUUUCUGGCCCUUGGCGGACCAACGGGCUGUCACCCAGACUGGAUGAUGUCAUUCACAAAAUUUUGGAAGCUCAAAAAGCUAUCGUGGACAUCCUUUAACGAUUCCCCUGAUACUACCGCUACCGAAAAUGAUUUGAUAUUGGAGUGGAGAAGACUAGCUGCGGGCUUCAUCAACAAAGGAGAGUGGCUUGACAGAAAUGAAGAGUUCACCCACAUUACAAUACCAAAAAUUCAACGCAUCAGCUUCAGAGAUUUACAAACCAGGCAGAAACUCGACGAAGGAUUCGAUAUGGAGUAGCGAGGACACGUCCUACCAGAGUACAGGAUAUGAGGUACAGAUCUGGAGGGAUGUAAAUCUACACCA